UUAUUGGUCUCUUCUCAGCAUUUAAUAAAAUGACCUUCCGCCAUUAACCAGCACAGGUCUGUUCACCUCUUGCAUUAUUGUUGCUCUUCAGACUCUUGACUUCUGCCUCCCAACAAUGUUCCUUCCUGCAUAGGAAAAUUACGAUGGCAUCCGUUUCUUGGUUCAGGGUUUUCCAGUUUAGGCUUCGAACGUCAACUGCUGUCUCGUCCUUUCAGGAAAUAACCCUCCACUGGUCCAAGUAAAGCUACAUUAGCUGGUGGGAAUCCAUAGGAAGGUAGGAGCUUGCACUAAUGGAGAUAACAGAGGAGAUAAAAACAUCAAAGGCUCUGUUUGACGUAGAUUUGAGGAAAAUCUGGAAGGAGUGGGAGCUGAGAGCCAUGGUUCUGUUCACACUUGGUGUCCAAAUAGUCCUCCUCCUUCUGGGCAACAGAAGGAAGUCCAGCCCCACGGUUAGGCUCAGAGUCCUUGUUUGGUGUGCCUAUUUGACUUCAGACUAUGUAGCAACCGUCGCUCUCGGUGUCCUCUCGAGAAAGCUGGGAGAGGUGAAUGGAACAUCUGGCCAUCUUGACGAUAACAGCAAGCUAGUUGCUUUGUGGGCUUUGUGGGCACCAUUGCUUUUGCUUCUCCUGGGCGGCCCUGACACCAUCACUGCUUAUUCCUUGGAAGACAAUGCACUUUGGCUCAGACAUCUUCUUGCCCUAGGUGUUCAAGCAGGAGCAACAGCUUAUGUUCUGUUCAUGGCCUGGACAAGCUCUUCUCUGUCGGUUUUGUCACUUGUGAUGAUCUUGGUUGGGCUAAUCAAGUAUGGUGAGAGGACAUGGGUCCAGUGGCUGGCAAGCAAGGAUAAGCUCAGAGAAUCUAUGCUCAGUCCACCUGAUCCCAGCCCUAACUACCCCAGAUUCAUGGCGGAGUAUAGCCUAAAGCAGGCUGAGGGGUACCACGUCACCGCUGAUGAAGUAAUUGAAGUUCAAGUCCCAGCCACUCCUUAUGUGACAGGCGAUCUGAUAAUUAAGGCCGAUGAAUUGCUUCAAAAAUUUAAGUGUCUCUUCAUUGAUCUGAUACUAAGUUAUGACGACCGGGACAUGAGUCGGUCCAUAUUCAAGGGUAUCUCAUGGAAUGACGCUUUUCAACUGAUAGAGAUCGAACUUGGGUUCAUGUAUGAUUUGCUCUACACGAAGGCCAUGCUUUUGUAUAGUGUUUGGGGAUUCCUACGCCGAUUCAUUACUUUCUCCCUCACUCUCCUUGUGCUUGCAUUCUUUUCUCUCACUGAGAAGUACGCAAACUGCUCACCAGUCGACCUUUAUAUAACUUACGCAUUGCUGGCCGUCAUCAUUAUUUUCGAAAUUUACUCCAUCUUGAUACUCCUGUCCUCGGACUGGACAGACGUGUGGUUGAGUAAGCAUAACAAGAGCCGUGCCCUUCACCGUGCUGUGACUUGUGUCCAGUUGCCCAGACAGCCUCGGUGGUCGAAUUCCAUUGCUCAGUUCAGCUUGCUAGAGUUCUGCAUCAAUGAAAAUCCCUUGGUCUGCCAUGGAAUUCUCAAGCGCUUAAACAUCAAUGAGAAGCUGGAUAAGUAUCACUACACGACCUCUGAAAAUGUAGAGCCCAAGCUUAAAAGAAAGAUCUUUGAACGUGUGAAGGAGAAGUCUGAAAAACUUGAAAUGCCCACGGAUCCAGGCCAAAUUGGCAGAGAACAUACAGAUGAAAUUUGGGGCACCGAGGCUGAGUUCGACCAAAUUAUCCUCACUUUGCACAUUGCGACCGAACUUUGCUUCUACUCGGAGAAAGUAAAAGAGUCGGGGUUUCCCAAUUACAAACUAAGCAAGCACCUUUCACGGUACAUGCUUUAUCUUUUAGUCAGGUAUCCCUUCACGUUGCCUAACGGAAUCGGGCAAAUCAGGAUCCGGGACACAUUUGCCGAGGCCAUAAAGUUCUUCGAAGAGCAAGCCCAUUCCAAACCCAAACCUGAAGAGAGACGCGGUGCCUCCAGCGCAGACCGCAGAAGCCAAAAAGCUCUUGAGUUAGCUUGCAAUAUGUUGCUAAAAGUGAACACCGAGGUUCCACCGACUAAGGUUAAGGGUGGCAGGAGCAAAUCGGUGUUGUUCGAUGGAUGCCGGCUCGUGAGGGUGCUAAAUAAAGAGGACAGAAUAAAAAAGUGGGAGAUUAUCUGGAAUCUUUGGGUGGAUGUAUUGUUGUACGCAGCAAGACAAAGUAGAGGGGAUUGCCACGCUGAUCAGCUGAGGAGAGGAGGAGAGCUUCUCACUCAUGUUUGGCUCCUGCUCGCGCAUUUCGGGCUGACCGAUCACUUCAAGAUGACUCAAGGCCAUGCAAUAGCAAAGCUUAUAUUAAUAUAGGAAUUUUACGAAGAUCAUUAUGCAUCUUCUGAUGUUGUGUGUUUACUUUUGAAUGGAGUGUUGCAUCACUUUGAGUGACUAAAAUCAUCUUUGUAGAUUUUCUGGGGAGGCCUAAUCCCGUUUAAAACCUGCAUAAGUUUUCCAUUAGUUUUGGUUUACUGCUUCUUAAGGUAUCUCAUUUUUUCUCAGGUC